GUGAUCCACUCACGUUUCCUGUUAGGGCUACUCCCAGGUUUUUGUCUUGUAGUGAAAUAUCUUGACAUUAUAUCAACAUAAAAUUUGGGGCCCAUAAUAAUAUAAAUACGUCUGUGUUAAGUUCCAGUUGCUCAUUGUAUUUAGCAGCAAAUGUUAAAAUGCAAACCUUAGCAUUUAACUCCUCAAGUGCAGUGCUGUAUCUCCUUACAGCCUCUACAAAAGCUUCCAAUUUUUAGAUUUUUAAACCACCAGCUAUCAUAAUAAAAUGUUAUCACUCAAGUCAAGGCAACUUGACGUACCAUUUAACUUUACUCAAAGCUUUUAAUUUCUAAGAAUAAAUGCCGGCUUUGUUGGGCAACACCAUUACUCUAACCUUGAUUAACGGGAAAGGGCUCUUCUGAACUUUGAAAGAGGAUCUGUUGCCAGGUCAAGGUCCACCUCUCAAGGCUGAUAACACAAAAGCACUAUUUUUUUCCCCCCUCUUCAUACUACAGCGCUGCAGGCAAAUUACCUAUGUUGGCAAGCAAAUGAAACCACAAACAAAUUUUGUGGAGCGCAAAAUUGGGAGCAUAACAAGUGAUCAGAAAGAAAGUCGUCCUCGAUGCUAAGAGCAAAACCAGUUCUUUAUGCUGCGUCUUUAUCGGCCCCUGGCUUGGUAAACGCUUGACAUCUCAUAGCGAGAACCCCAGACCGAUUUCCAGUGAAGAUGUCCCUGAACUUUGACUUCAGUUCUGAUUUUCUGUUUAGAUGAAACAUGAGCUUAUGGCAGAACAUAAAGUCAGAUUGUUCCCUGGUGUCAUUUUACAGACCUUUUCCCUCUGUAGCUCUGAUUUUAGGUUAUUAUUGUUUACAGUGAAAACCGGCAACACAGACUCCAUUUCUGCCCGAGACUGUCAUUCAACAAAUCUUCACUCAACCUCAGAAAGGACACUGCAGGCAGUAAUUAGACAUUUUUUUUUUUCCCAGCACUGAGCGUUUGUUGUCUCCUGUGUUUUAUGGAAAAAGGUCAACAAGACGUUUUAUGGGGCAAAGUAAUGUUGUGGAUUCAGUGUACACACAAAAAAAACCUCCAGAUAAAUAUACUACGUCUUUUUUUAGAUAUGUGUUGCGUGCAGAGCUCAAACAUCAAAGUGGGGAAAGUGGGAAUACAGUUACAUUAAGCAAAGACAAUAAAAACAUUUUUUGAUUGUUUUUUGUGAUUUAAAGUGACAAUCUGGAAGUUCUUUGUUUCGUGUGUGUUUUUAACCUCACUUCCCAGAUAUCCAAAUGUGGUGAAUCAUCGCUCAGUUGGAAAGCAGUCGGGAAAAAAAAAAAAAAAAAAAAAAAAAACAGCAGCUCCCUCCACAAACAGAGCGUUGGUCAGACAGAGAUGGAGGAAGUCCAGCUCCACUCGGACACCCGGCACCCGCCCCAAGAAGGAGACCAGUCCUCGGACCAAAUCCACCUCCGAACCUCAGCAUCGGCUGAGACUCUGUCGGAGAAGAGUAACCAGACGGAAACACCAGCAGACAACCAGGAAAAGGGCGACUCCCAGUGCAAGCCUCUGUGGAAGCCCAUUCCUCCUCUGCUGCCUAAGACCGACGGGAGCGGGACCACUGAGACCCGGGACCAGAGCUGCCAGACCGAGCUACAACAGACCAGUGCCUGUAAAAGUGGUCACAACACAGGUCUCUGCGUGGAGCCUGGCGAUCCUCCUCUGCUCCAGCAGCCUCUGCAGACCUCCAAGUCGGGGAUUCAGCAAAUAAUUGAAUGCUUCCGUUCAGGUACCAGCCAGCUGAAACACAUGCUGCUGAAGGAGGUGGACACCAUCUUCGAGUGUAAAAUAUGCCGCAGUCUGUUCAGAGGCCUGCCCAACCUCAUCACACACAAGGAGUACUACUGCCUAUCGCGGCUGCCUGAAUCAGACGGUCCACCAGGUGACGACAGACAGAGUGUAGCCAUGAAGGAUUUACUGGACGCUAUAUAUCCCAGGUCGGACCAGCCCGACUACGUAGUGCGGCUUGAGCCCAUCCAGACCACCAACAAGGCCGUGUUCCAGUACGUCACCACAGAGGAGGAGCUGGCCAGAUAUCCAUCACACACAACUAGUGCCAGAGAGAGCCCGGUGACCUGGGAAGGAGAAGAUCCGGUGGAGGGUGUGGACAAUAACCAGGCCAACCAGCCCGGUGCAGCAGAAAGCCACAGCAGCACAGGACACAACCAGGGACAGAGGAGAUGGGAGGCAGAGGAGGAACCUAAAGAGGAGCAGCCACAGGCUGAAGACGAGGGCUCCAACAGUGGGGUGGAGGAUGUGACAAUCUCCUGUUGUCUCUGUGGUCAAGACUUUAACUCACGCCGCAGCAUCAGGCGGCACUGCCGCAAAAUGCACCAGACUAAACUGGAGGAGCUCAGAAAGUUCACAGAGACACGCACAGUUCCUACAAGCCUGCUCUCUAUGGUAAAAGGAGGUCGGCCAAGAACUCUCAGCACACCGACUGGAAAAUCCUGCCCAGUGUGCCUCAAAACCUUCGCCACCAAAGCCAACGUACGCCGCCACUUUGACGAGGUGCACCGAGGUCUGCGACGGGACACCAUCACCCCCAGCAUUGCCUCGCGCCCCGGCCUUCCCUUUUCCCUGGAAGUCACGCCUCCCAGGAAGAGCAACAAUGCCUCUCCCACACGGAGCCAGAGCUCCAAGUCCACGCCCGUGAACUCUAAAACCACGCCGUCGAAUCAGAACCAAGCCAAACCCGCGAGUCCAGCCCCGGCCCCAUCACAGGCGAACUCGGCCUCAUGUCGCUGCACGCUCUGCAAGAGGAACUACAGCUCUCAGCUCAUGUUGAAGAGACACAUGCGUAUAGUCCACAAGAUCUACAGCAUCAAAAGCAACAAGUCUGCCCCCACGCCGACCGCUGCCCCUACGACACCCACUCCCAACAACAGCAGCACUAACCCGGCCACUAGCAACAGCGUCAGAGUGAAAGAGGAAGCAGUAGAGCCCUCAGACGAAGACGACGAUGAGGAAAUCGACAGUAGUCCAGCGCCAUCUCCGAGCGACAGCACCGGGACAGCUAAAGGAGUGUCUGUGGUACAAAACGCGACAAAGGUGAAGGAGGAGGAGGCUCCGUCAAGCCCAAAGGUAGCAUCGUCCUUACCCUCAUCAUCCUCCCGCGGGGCCAACACGUGCAGCGGCAACGUGGCCACCAAAAUGACCAAACUGUCGGUGGGCUUUGACUUCAAGCAGCUCUUCUGCAAACUGUGCAAGCGACAGUUCAGCUCACGUCAGAACCUGACGAAGCACAUCGAGCUGCACACGGACGGCAACGACAUCUUCAUCAAGUUCUACCGCUGCCCCCUCUGCCGCUACGAGUCCCGCCGCAAGCGGGACGUCCUGCGUCACGUGACCGUCGUCCACAAGAAGUCCUCCGCGUACCUAGCCAAGAUCAUGCCCAAACUGGAGAGCAGGGCGGUGAAGAGGCUGGCGGAGGCCGUCCUCAGCAGCACCAACAAGAGGACGGGCACCAGCGUCAAAGAGGAAGUGAACGGACGACACGCCUCGUCGUCGGCCUCCUCCUCUCCUUCACCUCCCGUCACCAGAAAGCAGGAGUGCUCCACGGCGGGCCCGCCCCCGACGUCAGCCUCCACCUCGGCCACCCCUCCCCCCGCCCCCGUGACCCGGAAGCAGCAGGAGCCGGUUUUCACCCCGUCCCCUCCCGUCACCCGUAAGCAGGAGAGACAGCAGACGCACCAGCACCGCCCGGCCAGCCCUCCCCUGACCCGCCGCAGCGAAAAACACUCACACCAACGCAACUCCUCCUCCGGCAACCAGACCCCUCACACCCGACGACACGACACCCAGUCAGAGAGCAGCUCGGAGACGACCUCCACCGAAGUCAAGGUGACCAAGAACUUCUCCCUCCACGCCUGCGACCAGUGCGGACGAGCCUUUGCAAAGAAGCUGUACCUGGAGUCUCAUAAGAGAAGCCAUCGUAACGCAGCGACCACCGCAGCCAACCGGAGGAAAGGAGUCAGCACCCGCUCUAAAUCCCUGGUCUGGUGAAGCACACACUGUCGCUGGGGACAAAGAACGAGCGAGCCACUAAUAACAUCAAAGUAAAUCAAAACGUUCACUUGGAAAGGAACACAGCACACACAGGGAAGAGAUGGAAAAAAAAACAUGAAGGAAGCAAACAAAAGGAACAAUGGACAGAGGGGUGAAGUACGGAGGGUUUUACUAUCCUCCUUUUGCUUAGGAACCAAAAAUAUUGUUGGAAUCUGACGUUGAUGUAUAGUUUAACUGCUGGAUGGCGGCGUAUUUACCUACUGCAGCGUGUGUGAAUAUGGAUGUAUGUGCAGAUGACUGACUGACUGACUGACUGUGGAGGUGUGUGCUAAAGAGAGAGGGAUUCAGAACUGGAUCGUGGCCUCCUGACACAUAAACAUACCCGCGUCGUUGGCUAUUACACUAUCAAUUCAUUUUCAGUGUGCGUUAGAACUCUAACACGCACCGCCCGACUGAAAAGCCUUUUUUAUUUUUAACUUUCCAUCUUUAUUACCCCGGUGAUUGGACCACUGUCGAACACUGUUGCCCCUACAGGCACAAACUCUACGACUUCACGUCUCCAGAAGGCUGGAUGCUUCGCUUUAGGAUAGAAAGUUGACGUUGUUUCCUGUUCAUAUUGAAAAGUAAACGAGCCCCCUGUCUGAAGAGCAGCCUGUCUGGUCUGAGUCCAGCUUCAGAGGUUUAAAGGGUACGGUCAAAGAAAGAGAGAUACCAAAGUAGCAUUUCCAGUUUUAUUAGUUUUUUUUCUCCUCACAUUUCUUUCUAUUUACUGUCUUCUCUGCUCGUAGUCAGUGUUUCCUUUACUUUGACAAUACCUAGUUUAACCUCUAUUUAUUAACCAAAGUUUGUCCAGCUUUCUGCACCCACAGGGGUACGAUACGAAACAAUACGCUGUAAUAUGAUCAAAUCCCUUAUGUUAAAGCUUUUUGUUCAUUUUCCUCUAAAUAUGAACUAUUUAGAAAUUGAACAGCUCAGUGAAGCUCUGAACUCACAUUAAAUGUAGAUCAUUAUAACUCCCUGUAUGGUUCAUGUGUCAGAAUGAGACUGUGAGGAGCUCUGUGUGUGUGGAUGGGACAGGUCUGCCUUAGAAACUAUAACUGGAAGAGUUUAUUUAUUGACCCAUCCCCAAAAACAAAACUCAAGAACAGAAGAGUCUGAGCUGCAGGUUUGGACUGACAGUGCUGAUCACAACCAGCCAAAACGAGGGAACUAACUCUUUAAACCUUAAAGUUUACAUUUAAGCGUUUUAAAUUAACUUUAUGAACUUUUCUUUCCAUUUUGUCCGACUAAAAGCUGCAUCAGUUCCUUUGAAAAUCAGCUUUUUGUUUCCUCAAACGGAAGUUUGUGUUUGUGAGGUAGCGGCUCCUGAGUGAAGGUAGUCUUUGAAACACUGGCACACGAUAUAAUGACUGAGGAAGACCAAAUGUAGAUACUGUACGUCUUAAUGUCCAAACAGAAAGCCAUGAAGUGGAACAAAACCAGAAAAGAUGCAUAAAAAGAAAACACAGAAGACCAAACUUUAUUUUUCUAACUGACGCCGUGUCCAACAAGGUCUUGACAGCGUGUAAAUAUGAAUUCAUCCUGCUCGGAUGCUUAUAAAUAAUAGCUAUAAUAGUCACUAUAGUUAUCGAUUGUGUUGGUUGACCAUAAGCUUCAGACAUGUCCUUUAGUUACCGACUGAGGAAAGUUUGUGUUGUUCCGCCAUUAGUUUUUGUUUUCUUUGAAGGAGGACAAGUUUUUGUUAAGAGGAGCAGAAUCAAACCUCAAGAAACGUUUAGAUUAUUUUCUUUUUUAAUCUUCACUCUUCUUUCAUCAUAAGUUGUAAUAUGUUGUUAACUUCUAGAGAACUGGAGAAGAGUUAGAGAAGCUUUUCAGAUGUGACGAGAAUGUUAAAACCCAACCACUUAACAAAUAAAAAAUGUUCUGCUUCAAA